AUGAUGAACAAUAAAGAGAAAAUGAAAUUCUCUGAGUAUUCAUAUUCAAACAUACAAAAUCCACAUAAAGAGCAUCCUUGUGGAGAUUAUGAACAUGUGUAUAAGAUACCACCAUGUCAUUUAUUACCACCAUAUCCACCAAUAAUAUUUGAUAAUUUAAAAAUAUCACCUACUAUCAACAAAACGCUACAUCUACCAAAAAUUAAUUCAGAUAAACAAAAUUAUUCUCAGAAAGACAGAAAUGUAAAGAAAUCAGUACAUAGAAAAGUUAUCUGUUGUAAAGAGUUGAAUGAAAAGAUUAAUAUAUCCACUAAUGGAUCAUAUAAUGAAGUACAGUAUAAGAAUUUCAUAUGCCGCUUAUGUGGUAUCGAUUGUAUACACAGUGCUUUAUUAUAUGCUCAUUUACUGAUAAUUGAACAUCGAUCAAGAAUGUUAACUAACAAAUUGAACAAUAAAAUAUCGUUAAUGAUUCUUCACAAUAUGAUAAUUUGUAUUUUAUUUGUCGUCGAUGCGGAAAACAAUGGAUAA